CAUACCUGACUUGUGACUGAGAGUAGAAUCUGUCUGCUUACAUAUUAACUGAGAAUCAGGCUGAGUGUUGAUCCCUCUAUGAUUUUCUACGCUGCUACACACAGACAAAGCUGAGCCCUCUGACAUAAACAGGUUUGGCUUUCCUCUACCCGGAUGGCCCUGCAAGCGAUCAAGAACCAAUUUGUAUCUACCCAGGACUGAGCACGGCGGUUUCUCACAGCCACAGGAAGUUAUCUUUGAAGAUGCCAGUGGUCCUGGGGGAGAUCAGUGUGCUGACCACCCCUCUGUCCGUGGUCCGCAUCUUAGAGAUGCUGUUUGGGUGCACGACCUUCAGCUUGGUGUCUUUGGCGAACAACAACGAAACGAUCAACAAAUCGAAUACCUACACGUUCUGCAUGUUCACCUGGUGUUUCUUCUUCAUCUUGACUGCCCUGAUCUUCCUGGUGGAGUUUGCUCAGUUCCAGAGCCUUGUCCCCAUUUCCUGGAAGAACCUGCCUAUCACUAUGGCUCUCCUGGGAGCACUGAUGACCUUGAUGGCCUCCAUAGGCUUCCCAUACUGCGCAAUCAAGCACAAGAAAUUCAUUGACCCCCGUUUGGUGGCUGCCUCCAUCUUCUCCUGCUUAACUUUCUUGGCGUAUGCCGCUGAGGCAUGUAUAAUGAAGGUGAGGAACGCAGAGCAGCGGGGGUACAUGGCCACCACUCCAGGGUUUUUAAAGGUCUAUGAGGUCUUCGGAGCCUGCGUGGUCUUUGUCACUCUGGACGGCGAAGUGGUGACCUGCGAGGCUGGCCCGCUGUUCUGGUGGUGCAUGGCGGUUUACUGCAGCUGCUUUUUGAUGUCCUUGUGCACCAUCGGAGUCAUGCUGGGGGAGUGUACGGGACGCUGCCCCGUCCCCUUCGACAGGAUCCUGGCAGGCUUCGGCUCUCUGUGCGUCCUGAUGUACGUCACAGCCGUGAGUUACUGGGCCUGGGCUCUGGUGCAUCCUAGCCACUGUAACCAGUAUACUUGGAAAGUUAUAACUGCCGCUGUAAUGACUUGCCUGAACCUGCUGGCUUACACUGUGGACUUGGCUUUCUCCAUCAAGCUGCUGUAUUACAGAGCCUAAAGGAAGCACCCUGGAUUCCAACGUAUUGUAAUUUGUGUACAGUCCUAGAUCUUAUACGCUUUAAUAUAAAAGUACUGUAUCAAACUACCAGCAGAUGUCCAAGCCAUGGGUUGUGUUAGUUUUCCAAGUGUCUCUACUGAGAUGAAAACAAAUACAGAAAAAGAAAUACAGAGAG